UCCCCCUAUCCUUGCUGGAGACUCAGAACACUCAGAAAGCAACCUUCUGAUGGGCCGCUGCGGUGGCAUGGGAGCCUUGGGUUCCCUCUGGGUUUUCUUCACUCUCAUCGCGCCAGGAGUUCUUGAAGCCAAAUGUGACCCUCCAGGACAGUUUCCCAAUGGACAGAUAAAAGAACCUAUAGGUCUUCAGGUUGGCAAAAUUGUGCACUUCUCCUGUAAUGAAGGAUACCGCCUCAUUGGUUCCUCUACAGCUAUGUGCAUAAUCUCAGAUAACGGUCUCAUUUGGGAUAACGAAGCACCUAUUUGUGACAGAAUUCCUUGUGAAGCACCCCAAGCCAUUACCAAUGGAGAGUUCGUUGCUCCUACAGAAGAUUUUUAUUAUGGAAUGGUGGUCACCUAUCGCUGCAAAACUGGUGAUAGAGGGGAAAAGCUCUUUAAUCUGGUGGGUGAACCAUCCUUACACUGUACCAGCAGUGAUGGUGAAGUUGGAGUCUGGAGUGGCCCUCCUCCUCAGUGCAUUGAACUUGGCAAAUGUACACCUCCCCAUGUUGAAAAUGCAGUCAUGGUGUCUGAAAGCAGAAGCUUGUUUUCCUUAAGAGAUACUGUGGAGUUUAGAUGUCAGCCUGGCUUUAUCAUGGAAGGAAUCAGCAGUGUACAGUGUCAAGACCUAAACAAAUGGGAGCCAGAGUUACCAAGCUGCUUCCAGGUGAAAUCCUGUGGUCCUUUCCUGGAACAGCUCCCUAAUGGGAAUGUACUAUUUCCACUAAAUCUUCAAAUUGGGGCUAAAGUGUCCUUCGUUUGUAAUAAAGGGUUUCAAUUAAAAGGCAAUUCUGCUAGUUACUGUAUUCUGGCUGGAAGGGACAGUAUUUGGAAUAGCAGUGUUCCUGUGUGUGAACGAAUUCCUUGUGAAGCACCCCAAGCCAUUACCAAUGGAGAGUUCGUUGCUCCUACAGAAGAUUUUUAUUAUGGAAUGGUGGUCACCUAUCGCUGCAAAACUGGUGAUAGAGGGGAAAAGCUCUUUAAUCUGGUGAGUAAACCAUCCUUACACUGUACCAGCAGUGAUGGUGAAGUUGGAGUCUGGAGUGGCCCUCCUCCUCAGUGCAUUGAACUCGGCAAAUGUACACCUCCCCAUGUUGAAAAUGCAGUCAUGGUGUCUGAAAGCAGAAGCUUGUUUUCCUUAAGAGAUACUGUGGAGUUUAGAUGUCAGCCUGGCUUUAUCAUGGAAGGAAUCAGCAGUGUACAGUGUCAAGACCUAAACAAAUGGGAGCCAGAGUUACCAAGCUGCUUCCAGGUGAAAUCCUGUGGUCCUUUCCUGGAACAACUUCCUAAUGGGAAUGUACUAUUUCCACUAAAUCUUCAAAUUGGGGCUAAAGUGUCCUUCAUUUGCAAUAAAGGGUUUCAAUUAAAAGGCAAUUCUGCUAGUUACUGUAUUCUGGCUGGAAGGGACAGUAUUUGGAAUAGCAGUGUUCCUGUGUGUGAACGAAUUCCUUGUGAAGCACCCCAAGCCAUUACCAAUGGAGAGUUCGUUGCUCCUACAGAAGAUUUUUAUUAUGGAAUGGUGGUCACCUAUCGCUGCAAAACUGGUGAUAGAGGGGAAAAGCUCUUUAAUCUGGUGGGUGAACCAUCCUUACACUGUACCAGCAGUGAUGGUGAAGUUGGAGUCUGGAGUGGCCCUCCUCCUCAGUGCAUUGAACUUGGCAAAUGUACACCUCCCCAUGUUGAAAAUGCAGUCAUGGUGUCUGAAAGCAGAAGCUUGUUUUCCUUAAGAGAUACUGUGGAGUUUAGAUGUCAGCCUGGCUUUAUCAUGGAAGGAAUCAGCAGUGUACAGUGUCAAGACCUAAACAAAUGGGAUCCAGAGUUACCAAGCUGCUUCCAGGGAGUGACAUGUAUCAUCCCAGAGCAUAUGAGUGGAAUCUAUGAGGAGCUGAAAUGAAAAAAAUAUUACUAUGAAGAUAAUGUAACCUUGGAAUGUAAAGAUGGGUAUACUCUAGAUGGCAGUUCUCAGAGCCAGUGCCAGAUAGAUUCCACCUGGAAUCCUCCCCUGGCCAACUGUGUAUCUCGUAAAUAAAAGAUAUAGGGGUUGGAGCCCCUUCCCAGCAUGGUCCCUCACUGACU